GCCCCUGAUCCCCCAGCACUCGCCCUCGGGCUCUCCGCGCUCCUGGCCAUGCAUGGGAAGCUCCUGCCGCUGGCCGGGCUCUACCUAGUGCAAGGCUUGCCCUAUGGGCUGCAGUCCGGCCUGCUGCCCGUGCUGCUGCGGGCGCGCGGCCUCUCCCUGACACGUGUGGGACUGGCCAAAGUGCUGUACCUGCCGUGGCUGUUUAAACUCGUGUGGGCCCCACUGGUGGACACGCGGGGCUCCCUGAGGGUCUGGCUGAUGCUCAGCACGGCUGCUCUGGGCCUGGUGUGUGGGCUGCUGGCAGUCCUGCCUCCUGCAGAAGCUGGCCAGGCUGGGUUGCCUGUCACCGUGGCAGGGCUGCUUCUGCUGCUGAACCUGGGUGCGGCUGUGCAGGACGUGGCCCUGGACACGCUGGCCGUACAACUCUUGGAGCCAGCCGAGCUAGGGCCUGGUAACACAGUGCAGGUGGUCGCUUAUAAGCUAGGGGCAGUGCUGGCGGGAGGGGGCCUGUUGGCCCUCGUGCCCACCCUCUCCUGGCCCCUGCUCUUUCUGCUCCUGGCUGCCAUCUAUUGGUUGGCUGCUGCCCUGGUCUGGGCUGCACCAGCCCUGCAGCAGUUGCCUGUAUCUCAGCCCUCAGAACGACCCCUCCGCACCCUGCACCUUCUGCAGGAAUUGCUGGCCAUGCCUGGUACUCUGUGGACAGCAGGCUUUGUGCUCACUUACAAACUGGGUGAGCAGGGCGCCAGCAGCUUGUUUCCGCUCUUCCUGCUGGACCAUGGCAUCUCUACUCCAGAGCUGGGCCUGUGGAACGGUGUGGGCGCUGUGGUCUGCUCCAUUGUAGGCUCGUCCCUGGGCGGGGCCCUGCUGGCCAGGCACUGGCAACCACUGCCUUUGCUGAGGUCUGUGCUUCGCUUCCGUCUUGGUGGUCUGGCCUGCCAGACCACCCUGCUCUUCCACCUGGACACCCCGGGGGUCAGGCUGGGCCCCAGCACCGUCCUGAGAGGGGCAGCCUUGUUGAGCCUGUGUCUGCAACACUUCCUGGGGGGCCUGGUUACAACCACCACAUUCACCCUGAUGAUGCACUGCAGCCAGCUGGCACCCAGUGCCCUGCAGGCCACACACUACAGCCUCCUGGCCACUCUGGAGCUGCUGGGGAAGCUGUUCCUGGGCACACUGGCUGGAGCCCUGGCUGACAGCCUGGGGCUGCAUCUCUGCUUCUCCCUCUUCCUUGCUCUCUCAGGCAUGCCCAUUCUGUAUCUGGGUCUGGCACCCAGCACCCUGGCCUGAGCUGGGUGGCCAGCCCACCUAAUAAAGCUGAGCGUGCCCACGG